ACAAACCAGUCUACCCAAAACUCAACGUCUUUAUAAGCAAAAAAUAUUGGCAAACCCUAAUUUGCUUUCACUCUUCCAUCAGUCACAGUCGGGGGAAGAGACCGAGCUUCACAGCAAUGGCGUUUGUUAAGGCUCAGAAAUCAAGGGCCUACUUCAAGAGAUAUCAAGUGAAGUUUAAAAGAAGAAGAGAGGGUAAAACCGAUUACCGAGCCAGGAUUCGAUUGAUUAACCAGGAUAAGAACAAGUACAACACUCCAAAAUAUCGCUUUGUGGUUCGAUUUACCAACAAAGACAUCAUCGCUCAAAUAACAUCUGCUAGCAUUGCUGGCGAUAUUGUCCUCGCUGCAGCAUAUUCACAUGAGCUGCCACGCUAUGGUCUUGAAGUAGGCCUUACAAAUUAUGCUGCAGCUUAUUGCACUGGGCUCUUAUUGGCCCGUCGAGUACUUAAAAAGCUUGAAAUGGACGAGGAUUAUGAAGGAAAUGUUGAGGCCAGUGGAGAGGAUUAUUCUGUUGAACCCGCUGAUACCAGGAGACCAUUCCGUGCUCUCCUUGAUGUUGGUCUUAUCAGGACUACAACGGGAAAUCGUGUCUUUGGUGCCCUUAAGGGAGCUCUGGAUGGUGGUUUGGAUAUUCCUCACAGUGACAAAAGGUUUGCUGGAUUUGAUAAGGAUAAAAAGGAGCUUGAUGCUGAUGUUCAUCGCAAAUAUGUCUUUGGUGGACAUGUUGCUUCUUAUAUGAAGAGCCUGAUCGAAGAUGAGCCAGAAAAAUACCAGACACACUUCAGUGAGUAUAUUAAGCGUGGAAUAGAGCCUGAUGGUAUGGAGGAGCUCUACAAGAAUGUCCAUGCUGCCAUCCGUGCAGAUCCUACUGUCAAGAAAUCUGAGAAAGAGCCACCAAAGGAGCACAAGAGGUACAACCUGAAGAAGCUCACUUAUGAAGAGAGAAAGGCCAAGUUGGUUGCACGUUUGCAGGCUCUGAACUCUGCUGCUGAUGUUGAUGAAGAUGAUGAUGAGUGAAACUUUAUCAUGGGUGCAGUCUAAUUGCUGCAUUAAUAGGAGGUGUUUAACUUGCAUCUGGAUCACAAUUUUGGGAUACUUUUGGAGUGGAGUUAUAUUUAUUUUUGUCUUAACAUUUAAUUUUAAUGGAUUAUCGAUGGUAUUUUCCUUAGUA